GGACUCGGAUUUGUGGUACCAGCAAUCCCGGCAACCACAUAUGUGGGCAUGCGAUUGGGGUGGUGGGAAAAGGAUCUUGAGGUGGAGCCGCUGCUAGUCGUUGAUAGACUGGGCACAAAUGUGGAGACCUUGCUGCACCCCAUGAACGAUGCCAAUGAGGAGGAAGUUGGACGUGCGAACGGAAUGGUGGACAGGGAAGUCGAUCUUGUGAAGAGCUCAUGCGCGAGGAGGCCCGCCAUGCUGCGGUCCCCAUCCGUAGGGAGAGAGAGAGAGAGACGGGCUGGACAGCUUGACCAGCUCAAAGAUCAACGUGUGGAGGAUGUGGACAGGGGGGUUGGGAAGAAGUAUGAGACGCCCGUGGAAGUAGGGAACAUGAUGCAAGAUGAGGGGGAUGAAGCGCAAGGAACAGACCAAAUGCACAUGCAGCAUGAGAAAGGGGAUUUGGAGGCAGCAAUGGAGAGGAAUGAGCAGCAUAUAAAGCAGCGUGGGGAAGCAGUGGAAGAGCAGCCUACAACGGGGGUGGUGUACAGACGCAGGCCCUGCCCACAGGCGGUGCAGGAGGUGGAAGCAGUGGAGCAGGAAAUGGGCCAGCAAUCCGCGGACGAGGAGAAGCAGGAGCAGCACGAGGCUUCAGAGGAGAUCAACAUGGCCCCAACGCCUACCAUGAAUGAGGUUGUCCAACAUGACCACCUCUGGAAAAGCAGGGCAGGGAGAAAUAGGAAGGCAUCGGUGGAGAAGGAACCGUUAGCACCUCGUCACGGAACUGGGAGACCCAAAAAGAAGAAGGGCAGCUAUGGAGAGGAAUGAGCAGCACAUAGAGCAGUGUGGGGAAGCAGUGGAAGAGCAGCCUACAAGGGGGGUGGUGUACACACGCAGGCCCCGCCCACAUGCGGUG